GAGGGAGAAGAGGAGGAGGAGGGGGAGGGGGAGGAGGGAGAGAAGGGAGGACACGGGGAGGCGGUUGCUGGUGCUGGCCAGAGGGGAGUCGUGCAGGAGCUGUGGCUGCACUCGGACGCCGCAUUCCCUCUUUACGGGACUGGUGGUGAGGAUGAGCGAGAGCUGACCCUGCCCCUGCCGCCGCCAGUGCUGUGAAGUGUCUGCUGCUCCUCCUGCUCCUCCCCUGCUGUGGGUGAACCUGCGCUACGGGCUCUUCACCGACACGGCCGGGGGUUGGUUUGUUUGUGUAUUUGUUUAAGGCAAGGUGAGAGAAAGAGAUCUUCCACCCGCUGAAGCACAGUUCACUAUGAUCGUACUCGCAUCCAGCACUAGAAGCCGGUUGGAUUUCGUGUCUCAGUCCAGGGUGUUUUUCUUGCAAACCUUCCUUUGGAUUUUAUGUGCUACAGUGUGCAAAGCGGAGCAGUAUUUCAAUGUGGAGGUAUGGUUACAAAAGUAUGGCUACCUUCCACCAACUGACCCCCGAAUGUCGGUGUUGCGCUCUGCAGAAACCAUGCAAUCAGCUAUAGCUGCCAUGCAGCAGUUCUAUGGCAUUAAUAUGACAGGAAAAGUGGACAGGAACACAAUUGACUGGAUGAAGAAGCCUCGAUGUGGUGUGCCUGACCAAACAAGAGGUAGCUCCAAAUUUAACAUUCGUCGGAAACGCUAUGCGUUAACAGGACAGAAGUGGCAACACAAACAUAUCACUUACAGCAUAAAGAACGUCACUCCAAAAGUAGGUGAUGCUGAAACUCGUAAAGCCAUUCGCCGUGCCUUCGAUGUGUGGCAGAAUGUAACUCCUCUAACAUUUGAAGAAGUUCCUUAUAUCGAAUUAGAAAAUGGCAAGAGGGAUGUGGAUAUUACAAUCAUUUUUGCGUCCGGUUUUCAUGGAGACAGUUCUCCCUUUGAUGGGGAGGGAGGAUUUUUGGCUCAUGCAUAUUUCCCUGGGCCAGGAAUUGGGGGAGACACUCAUUUUGACUCAGAUGAGCCAUGGACUUUGGGAAAUCCUAAUCAUGAUGGAAAUGAUCUGUUUCUAGUUGCAGUGCAUGAACUGGGACAUGCUCUGGGCUUGGAACACUCUAAUGAUCCCACUGCAAUCAUGGCUCCAUUUUAUCAGUAUAUGGAAACUGACAACUUCAAACUACCUAACGAUGAUUUACAAGGCAUCCAGAAGAUAUACGGUCCACCUGACAGGAUCCCACCACCAACAAGACCUCUGCCAACAGUGCCCCCACAUCGUUCAGUCCCUCCAGCAGACCCACGGAAGAAUGACAGGCAACCUAAACCUCCCCGGCCACCCACUGGUGACAAACCUUCCUAUCCCGGAGCCAAGCCUAACAUCUGUGAUGGGAACUUCAACACUCUGGCUAUUCUUCGCCGGGAAAUGUUUGUUUUCAAGGAUCAGUGGUUUUGGCGAGUCAGAAACAACAAAGUGAUGGAUGGAUACCCCAUGCAGAUUACCUACUUCUGGAGGGGACUGCCUCCCAGCAUUGAUGCAGUUUAUGAAAACAGUGAGGGGAAUUUUGUCUUCUUUAAAGGUAACAAGUUCUGGGUUUUCAAGGACACUACUCUCCAGCCAGGUUAUCCUCAUGAUUUGAUAACUCUUGGAAGCGGAAUACCUUCCCAUGGCAUUGAUUCAGCAAUUUGGUGGGAAGAUGUUGGGAAAACCUACUUCUUCAAAGGAGAUAGGUACUGGAGGUACAGUGAAGAAAUGAGAUCCAUGGACCCUGGUUAUCCCAAACCAAUCACAAUAUGGAAAGGUAUCCCAGAAUCUCCUCAGGGAGCCUUUGUCCACAAAGAAAAUGGCUUCACAUAUUUCUACAAAGGAAAAGAGUACUGGAAAUUCAAUAACCAGAUGCUCAGGGUGGAACCUGGCUAUCCCAGAUCCAUCCUUAAGGAUUUUAUGGGUUGUGAUGGACCAACAGAUCGAGAUAAAGACCGACACAGCCCUCAAGAUGACGUUGACAUUGUCAUCAAACUGGACAACACAGCCAGCACUGUGAAAGCCAUAGCCAUCGUCAUUCCCUGCAUCCUGGCCUUGUGCCUCCUUGUCUUGGUUUACACUGUGUUCCAGUUCAAAAGGAAAGGAACACCCCGCCACAUACUGUACUGCAAACGCUCUAUGCAAGAGUGGGUGUGAUGUAGGGUUUUUUUCUUUCCCUCCCAGGAGUUUGUGGUAACUUGAGAUUCAACACAAGAGCUGUUAUGCAGUUUCCUAGCUAGGAGCGGGCAUCUGUCAGUCUCAAACAAAGCUGAUCUUUAAAACCCAGGGGGUUGCCUGUCCUGCGCAUGAGUGGCAGUUUGCUCAGCUGGGAAGCUUCCAUGAUACACAGUAUCUGCUGUUUCUUCAGUCCUUUGUCUUUCUUUGUCAUUCAAUCUAGGCCUUUCCUCUGCACGCUCAAUGCCCUAUAAACUAUCAGGAUUAACUAACAAAGAGGAAAAACAAAACAAAAAAAUCUCCAAUGUUUCUACAUUUGUCCCUUAAGGCCUGUUCCCCUUUGAAAAAUUUUUUGCUGAGAGUGAAUUUUUUUAGAAAAAACACAACAACCCACAACGGAACUUUCAGGAAAGUGAGAAGACCCAAAACAGCUUUGUCUCCAAAGAGGAUUGCUUUCUGUCUGCUACGGAUAAAGUCCUAUACUCCUACUUCCAGUUUUGUUGUCAGGUGGGAGACUCGGAUGACACACAGGA